AUGCUUGGAUCACGACAGCAAGACACUGGAUCUAGAAUAAGUGGAGGUAAUAAGGCUGUAGAAAGUGCUUAUUUACUCAAUGGUGGUGAAAUGUAUGUUUGUUUAAGUCAAUACUUGCGUCAUUUUGUGGAGAAGUUGACUCAGAAACCGGAUGAGCAGUUUUUAGAGUUUUACGUCAAGAAAUGGUCUAGAUAUACCAUUGGAGUUGGAUAUUUGAACAAUGUAUUUGAUUAUAUGAAUCGGUAUUGGGUCCAAAAGGAAAGGAACGAUACUCAAAACAAAAUCUAUGAAGUUAAUACUUUGGCUUUGGUACAAUGGAAAUACUACAUGUUUGACACACACAGUACUAUUUUGAUCCAAGAGAUUUUAAAAGAAAUUGAAAAACAACGUAACAAUGAAGUAGUUGAUACCUAUUUGAUUUCAGCUGCCAUUAAAUCAUUGGUUCAUUUGGGUGUUGAACAAAACGAAACGAAAAAACCAAACUUACAUGUUUAUGUCAAUAUGUUUGAACAAGUAUUCUUGAGUAAGACGAAGGAUUAUUAUAUGCGUGAAAGUCAAAACUUUUUAUCUCAAUAUACUGUUGUUGAUUACUUACGAAAGUGUGAAACCAGAUUUGCAGAGGAGAUUUCAAGAUCCAAUAAUUAUUUGGAAGAUCAUACAAAGAAACUUCUAGUGGAUGUUUUAAAUGAAGCAUUAAUUGAAGAUCAUGCGGCAGAGAUGUACUCACAAUUUAUUCCCUUAUUGGAAAGGAAUGAAAUUGAACAUAUUCUGAGAAUGUACAAGCUACUUAGUAGAGUUAAAUCUACUCUCCCACCUUUGGCUCUGCAAUUUGAAGAUUAUCUUAAAUCCCAAGCUCUUCAGGCCUUGGAAAAUAUAAAAAAGGCAGAACAAGAAGCUGCCAAUUCAACCACCACCACUGGCGGAACUUCAUCAAGGAAAGCACCAACAGGUAUGGUUCCACCAAAAGUCUAUAUCCACACUUUAAUUGAGAUUUAUGUCCAUUUCAAUGAUAUUCUCAACAGAGCGUUCAAUAAAGAUCCGGUUUUCGUUAAGGCAUUAGAUAAUGCAUGUCGUUACUUUGUCAACAAUAAUCCAAUUGCCUUACCAACACCAAGAUCCCCUUGCAAGACCCCAGAUUAUUUGGCAAGAUAUGCUGAUGCCUAUUUAAAGAGUAACUCAAAGGAAGCCGAAGUGGUAGAUAUGAAUGCCAAUAAUUUAAUGAUAAUUUUCCCCUUUUUGGAAGAUAAAGAUGCAUUUGAAGAGCAUUAUCGUCGUUUACUUGCUAAAAGAUUAAUCAAUAGCAAUUGCAAAUCCGAGGAAGCUGAAGAACAGAUUAUUCAAAAGUUGCAAACAGCCAACUCUUUGGAGUAUACAUCUAAAAUGACUAAAAUGUUCUCUGAUAUGAAGGCAUCAGCUGAAUUGAAAUAUUAUAAUGGAGAUGAUUUCAAAGAAUUCACUCCUUUGAUUUUGGCACAAAGUAUGUGGCCAUUCAAACAUGUACCUGAUUAUUCAUUAAAACUUGCACCUGAAUUACAAGAAGGUUUUCUGAAUAUUGAAAGUGUUUAUCAGAACAGGCACACAGGUAGAGAAUUAAAAUGGUUAUGGAAUCAUGGUAGAGCAGAAGUUAAGGCCAAUUUAUCCCGGAAAGGCAAAGCUCCUUUCAUUUUUACUGUUUCCAAUGUUCAAUUGAUGAUCCUAUUAGCAUUCAAUAAGAAAAAGACUUAUACAUACGAUCAAUUACGGGAUAUUAUUGGGGUUGCACCGUAUAUAUUUGAUGCUCAUCUUACACCAUUUAUUAAGGGAAAGCUUUUAGAACAAAAGCCAAUUGGUUCUGAAAAUUUGAAUGCACCAGAUACUACUUAUACCAUUGUUGAUGAAUAUAAAUCGAAGAAAGCUCGGGUGAAUUUUGUUAGUUCCAUAAAGACCGAACAGAGAGUCGAAGAAGAAGAAACAAACAAGGUAAUAGAUGAAGCACGUAAGGAUUACCUUAGCGCAAGUAUUGUGCGUACAAUGAAGGCCAGGAAACAAAUGAAACAUAAAGAUUUGAUUAAUGAAGUUAUCCAACAAUCUGUGAGUAGGUUUAGAGCUAAAAUUUCGGAUGUCAAGCAUGCCAUCGAUUACUUAAUAGAGAAGGAGUACAUCAAACGGAUUAAUAACGAUGCAUAUGAAUAUUUAGCUUAA